AUGGAAGCGUUUGUUGAUACUAGAUAUAAAAUUUCUGGAGAAGGAAAAGAGUCAUACGGUCAUUCCAAUACUUUUACCGGGUUCAAUGCCGAUGUUGAACAUGUUAGGAUUGAUUUUAUUCUGGUUCAUCAACAAUCUUUAACCGGUGAUAAUAUAAAAAUUAUAAAUCAUGGUGUGAUGGAGAAUCAAUAUGAUGAUGGAUUGUAUAUUAGUGACCAUCAUAAGGCUAUCGAAUUAUUAAAUGCAGCAGAUGGAAAUUUAGAAAUAGCCCUUAAUUUACUAUUUGAAUAA